UUAUAGUGAUUAGUGAAGCUAGGAAUAAAGAAGAAAAGGACAAGUUUUUCUACUUUUGUAUCGGUUGGCCAUUUCUUUGUUACCGACGUACGAGAAGUCGAGUGAAUGAUGUGGUUCUCUCCCCAUCUCCAUGACACCUGCCAUCCCCUCUCAUGGUCUAAAAAUGGAGGCAAGCAAACAAGAGGAAAGAAAGAGAGCGACUCGUGAACAAAAGUUUGCCUCUUUCUUGAAUUUUGCGUAGUGGGUAAGUUGAAAAACGAAUCUUCCCCUCAAACAAGAUAUUUAUUCACCAUUCAUUCAAUUCAAUUGUACAGGCCUUGUCGACUAUUUCUCAAUUCUCAUCAAAAUCAUCGCCUCCCCUUCCCCUGACCUCAAAAGCUCUGUUUCCCCACUCUCAUGGCUUGUCCUCUUUAGAAACCCUCCAAAAACACUCUCUUUUCUGCCACCCAUAUAAAUUCCCUCCAUUCCCAUCCGACAUUUCUCAAAGAAAAACAGAGUAACAAGUUUUUGGGGGCAAAAAGGGAAAUGACGGGAGAUGGGUACGAGAAAUUGGGUUCGGAGAAGUCCGAUUAUGAAGAUGGAGGAAAGAAGGGGAAGAGCAAGAACAACGCUUGGAAGAAGGUGAAAUACCAGCUGGUGGAUUACCACACGCUGCCAGGGUACAUGAAGGACAACGAGUACAUCCAUCGCUACUACAGAGCUGAAUGGCCCAUCACACAGCUCCUUCUCAGCGUCUUCCGCAUCCACAACGAAACCCUCAAUAUCUGGACUCAUUUGGCGGGGUUCUUUUUGUUUUUGUUCCUGACGAUAUACACGGCGAAGAAGGCGCCGGAGGUGGUGGAUCUGAACUCGCUGCACCGGCUGCCGGAGUUGCUCCGCUCGUCGUCGGGGGAGCUGUACAAGGAAUUAGUUGGGUGCUUGCCUUCUUUCCCAGACAUGCAUGAUCUUCAUAGGUUCAGGGAAGAUCUCCAGGCUUCGUUUUCAAACUUUAGCCUUGUGGAUGUUCUCACUAAUUGCCUGCCUGAUCGAGUACUCCAACUUUACCGGUCUAACAACUCUAUCCUCAUGCAGCAAGGAGGCAAAGAGGAGGAAGCGAUGAGCAACAUGCUGUUGGGUCCCCUACUAUCCUCACAGACACCAAUCACAAGAUGGCCAUUCUACGUAUUCAUGGGAGGGGCAAUGUUCUGCCUACUAUCCAGCAGCAUCUGCCACCUCUUGUCCUGCCACUCUCAGCGCAUGUCCUACAUAGUCCACCGUGUGGACUACACAGGAAUCGCCUUGCUCAUUGCCACCUCAUUCUACCCGCCUGUCUACUACUCCUUCAUGUGCAACCCCUUCUUCUGCAACCUCUACCUAGGUACUAUCACCGUGAUGGGGAUCGCGACAAUGAUCUUCUCUUUGCUCCCGACAUUCCAGAGGCCCGAGUUCAGGAGCUUCCGAGCCUCGUUGUUCUUCGGGAUGGGGGUCUCCGCAGUGGUCCCCAUACUUCACAAGUUACUCCUUUAUGGGACCGAUCACCCGGAGGCCCUGCAGACGACCAUUUACGAGGUUCUGAUGGGGGUUCUGUAUGGGUUGGGGGCUUUGAUCUAUGCGACAAGAGUCCCCGAGAGAUGGAAGCCUGGGUGUUUCGAUCUCGCUGGACAGAGUCACCAGCUGUUUCAUGUGCUGGUGGUGGCUGCUGCGUUUACUCAUUACCAGGCUGGGCUUGUAUACUUGAAUUGGCGGGACUUGAAUGGUUGUUAGCAGCUGCGGGAUGUAAUAGAUAGAGUUCUGAUUGAAAGGGUGGGUGAUUGCAGUUUGCAAUUGCGAUCUCAUUUCAUUUGUUCGGUAAUGUCAGGUCGUAACUGGAUAUGGAACUUCCUAUUAAAACAAAACUGGAUAUGGAACUUAGUUUUGGUUCCUAUGGGUCUUGGCUGGCGAAAGUUGGGAAAAAAAUAAAAAAUCUGCUGCUUUCAUUGAGAGUUGAACUCAAGACCUCCCGCUUACUAAACGGGUGCUCUAACC